AUAUAUUUAAAAAAAUUUUUUAUAAUUAAAUUUAAGUUACGCCAAUGAAUUUACAAUUAUGCGGGUGUUGCUAGGAGUGUGUUUAAAAAAUUAAAUAUAAAUACGAGGGGGAACAAGCAGCUUUUAUCAGUGUCACUGAGUGUCACCGAGUCAUUCGUCAAUCGUCAUGGCACGACUGAAGAUUUACCAGCUUGGAAGUUUAAUAUUAACUUGUGUUGUUCUCGUGAAUGCUGGGGUAUUCAGAGACAACAAUAAUAAUCAGAAUGAUGAACGUCGCACUUGUGGAUAUGAAGGAUGUCCAAAAAUUGAUCCAACAAAAUUAAAUGUUCAUUUAGUUGCACAUACACAUGAUGAUGUUGGCUGGUUAAAAACAGUUGAUCAAUAUUAUUAUGGAGGACGUAAUUCAAUUCAAAAAGCAGGAGUCCAAUAUAUUAUUGACACUGUGAUUGAUUCUCUGAGAAAAGAUCCAGAACGAAGGUUCAUAUACGUUGAAACAGCAUUUUUAUGGAAAUGGUGGCAACGACAAACUGAAAAAUUACGUGAAGAAGUUAGAGGUUUUAUAAAUGAAGGAAGAUUGGAAAUAAUAAGUGGUGCCUGGAGCAUGAAUGAUGAAGCAACAACACAUUAUCAUUCAAUUGUUGAUCAAUUUACUUGGGGAUUUAGACGUUUAAAUGAUACAUUUGGUGAAUGUGCACGACCAAAAAUUGGCUGGCAAAUUGAUCCAUUUGGUCACUCAAGAGAACAAGCAUCUCUGUUUGCACAAUUUGGUUUUGAUGGUAUGUUCUUUGGACGUCUUGAUCAUGAAGAUAAAACAGCAAGACUCAAGGAACAACGUGCUGAAUUUUUGUGGAAGGCUAGCUCUAGUUUAGGAGAAAAAGCUGAUUUACUUUCAGUUGCAUUAUUCAAUAAUUAUUCACCACCUCCAGGUUUUUGUUUUGAUAUUCUUUGUCAAGAUGAGCCUCUUAUUGAUGAUCCAGAAAGUGCUGAUAACAAUAUUGACUCAAGGACCAAAGAAUUUUACAACUAUUUAAUUGAUCAAUCUCAUUAUUAUCAAACUAAAAAUAUUAUUCUGACAAUGGGUGGUGAUUUUACUUAUCAAGAUGCUGAAAUGUACUUUUCAAAUUUGGAUCUAUUGAUAAGAUAUACAAAUAAAAUUUAUGGAAGUCAAAUAAAUGUAUUUUAUUCAACUCCAUCUUGUUAUAUUAAAUCAAUUCAUGAAGCUGAUAAAAUAUGGACAACAAAAAGUGAUGAUUUCUUUCCAUAUAGCAGUGAUCCACAUGCAUUUUGGACUGGUUAUUUUACAUCAAGACCAACUCUCAAGUAUUUUGAAAGAAUGGGCAAUAAUUAUCUUCAAAUUGUCAAACAAUUAUCAAUUUUAUCAUCUAAAAUGGAUUCUGAUGAUUUACAACAUUUACGUGAAGUUAUGGGAGUAAUGCAACAUCAUGAUGCUGUUACUGGAACAGAAAAACAACAUGUUGCUGAAGACUAUGCACGUUUAUUACAUGAAAGUAUUGUCAAAAGUUCUGAUAUUAUUUCUGAUGCAAUAUUAAAAAUUGCCAGUAAAAAUAAUACAUCAAAUACAUAUGAAGAUACAAAAUUUUAUUCAUGUCUAUUGUUAAAUACAAGUACAUGUACAGUAUCUGAAGAUUCUAAAAAAUUUGUAGUUACUUUAUAUAAUCCUCAAAGUAAUCCAGUAUCAAGUUACAUACGUAUUCCAGUUAAUGGAAAAAGUUAUAUUGUCAAUGAUCAUACUGGUGCUGAAAUAUUAACUCAACUUGUUCCAAUACCACUGGCUGUUGUUCAAUUACCAGGAAGAAAAAGUAUAGCAACAAGAGAACUUGUAUUUCGUGCAUUAAAUAUAUCUGCAUUUGGCUAUCAAUCAUAUUUUGUAUCUGAAAAAUUAUCUGAUGAUGAUGAAGUAAAUAUUGCUGAUAGUGAUAAAUCAAUAUCAAGUGAUUUAUAUGAUAUUUCAGUUGAUGAAGCUGGUCAAGUUGUUGUACAAUGGAAAAAAGAAAAUAUAAAAGUUGUACAAUCAUUUCAUUAUUACAUUGGAGCUGUUGGUGACAAUAGUAAUGCUGAAAAACGUGCAUCUGGUGCAUAUAUAUUUAGACCAAAUGAAUCAGCAAUUCAUAAUUUUAUUUAUUCUGGUUAUCAUGAAAUAUUCAAGGGUCCACUUGUACAAGAAAUUCAUUUGACUGUUAAUGAUCAUGUUAGUCUUGUUGUUAGAAUUUUAGACAAUGAAGAACAAGUUGAAUUUGAAUGGCUUGCUGGACCAAUUCCAAUUGAUGAUAAAAAAGGAAAAGAAAUUGUCAUUCGUUAUUCAAGUAAUCUUCAAUCAGCUGGUACAUUUUAUACAGACAGCAAUGGAAGAGAAAUGCUUAAAAGAAAAAGAAAUUAUCGUCCAACUUGGAAUUUAAAUUUACAAGAACCAAUUGCUGGUAAUUAUUAUCCAGUAACAGCAAAAAUAUCACUAGAAGACAGAGACAAAGGAUAUAAAUUGAGUGUACUUAAUGAUCGUGCACAGGGUGGUAGUAGUUUGACUGAUGGUGAACUUGAAUUAAUGAUACAUCGUAGAUUGCUGGUUGAUGAUGCAUUUGGUGUUGAAGAAGCACUUAAUGAACAAGCAUUUGGUACGGGUCUUGUUGCUCGAGGAAUCCAUUAUCUUGUUGGUGGUAAUUUAAAUAAUCUUGAUACUAUUGCACUAGCUGAAAAAUCAAUGGCCCUCAAAUUAUCAUUAAGACCUUGGGCAUUAUUUACACCAUUAAAUAAUACAGAUAAUUUUAUAAAUUGGAAAAAUAAUUACAACAUGAAAGCUGGAGGGCUUAGAAAAAAAUUACCUAAAAAUAUUCAUAUUCUUACUUAUGAACCAUGGAAAAAUGGAGAAAUAUUAUUAAGACUUGAGCAUUUAUAUGAAAUUGGUGAAGCAACACAAUUGUCACAACCAGCUGAAAUAAAUAUUGGUGAUUUAUUUACUGAUUUUGAUAUUACUAGUUUACGUGAAACAUCUCUUGGUGGAAAUCAAUGGAUAGAAUCUAUGAAUAGAUUCAAAUGGAAAUCUGAUAAUAAUGACAUUGAGUAUGAUGUUAAUAACACGAGUGUUGAUCAACAAGUAUAUAUUAAAAAUGGUGUCAUUAAUGUACUAUUAAGAGCCAGAGAAAUACGUACUUUUAUCAUCACUGGCACUAAAAAAACGUCAACUUUUAUCAUCGAUAAAUAAUUUUUUUAUAUAGAUUCAAAAAGCACAUAUUAAAUUUUUUUUAAAUUAUAAUUUAUUAAUGAAUAUUUAAUGUUGAAUGUCACUUGCAAUGUCCUCUAUGAAAAAAUACACAGUUGAUGCUUUUUUUAUCUUUAUUAUUGCAACUUUAUUGAUUCAUUUUUUUUUUUUUUUUACUGCAAUUAUUUUAUGAUGGUCAAUAUGAUAAGUUUAAUAUGAAUGCAUACAUUUUAUAUGCAGUAAAAUAUUUCAGACUUGUUCCGCAAUUCAUUGUGUAAACUACAUUUAUUAUAAAUACAAUCGAAAAUGUUCAAUAAAUAUAAUUUGAUAAUUGCAAUAAUUAUUUAUUCAGUGACUAAAUUAACAUCAGGAAAACCUAAUUAUCAUUCAAAAAUAGCAGUGAUUAAUCAACAAGACCAA